AUGGGCAGCAUCGUCGCCUUGAAUACGUUCAGUUAUAUGGGGAUCCGGGGGCAAAGACAGAAGCUGUGGCGAGUGCCUCAGGCAAGAAGUCCUUUAGACCGAGGAUCCUCAGCAGCCUGGAUCCUCUCCCCCGAACUACAUGGCCACUCACGUACCGGGAAUCUGCCAAUCUGGCUUGUGAACCUGGGACAAUGUGAACCCAAUUUCCUGUCUCGUCUGUCGCAGGCUCGCAGCUGCGAGUUUUCGCCGGUUGACGAUGGCCCGCCGGCGCGCCUGGUCUUCCUGUCUGUCCCGCUGAGCCGAGCGUUUACCGACCAAGAGUCAUACUGA